AAGAAGAAAUCAGAAUAUGAACUAUCAUCAUGAGAAGUGAAGGCAAAUAGCCACACUUUUGACAUAUCCAUGUUAACUGAUUCAGUGGACUAAACUAACUCCACUCUUCUGCCAUGAACCAUCUCAACUUCUCUUCCACAUUGACUUUGUGGGAAGAGAACUCAACAGCUAGUGGGGCAUCAUCUGUUUCUGGCAAUUUGUCCCUAACUAUCAGUCUUGGUCUGGAUGUCAGCGGUGUCCUUAUUCCUCUGGUGUACCUUGUUGUCUGUGUAGUAGGACUAGCUGGAAACUCCUUGGUCAUCUAUGUGGUCUUGUGCCAUGCGGUGAGUGAAUCAGUGACCAAUGUCUACAUCUUCAACUUGGCCUUGGCAGAUGAACUCUUUAUGCUUGGCCUGCCCUUCUUGGCGGCACAGAAUGCCUUAUCCUAUUGGCCCUUUGGUUCAUUCAUGUGUCGACUAGUCAUGGCUGUGGAUGCCAUAAAUCAAUUCACUAGUAUUUUUUGCCUUACUGUGAUGAGCGUUGACCGCUACUUAGCUGUGGUGCACCCAGGGAAAUCAUCAAAAUGGCGAACAGCAAGGGUGGCCAAGGCUGUCAGUGCCACUGUGUGGGUGCUCUCUUCAAUAGUGGUGAUGCCAGUGGUGGUGUUUUCAGAGGUCCCUCAGGGCAUGAACACGUGCCACAUUAAGUGGCCUGAGCCCGCUGCAGUAUGGAAGGCUGGUUUCAUUAUCUACACAGCUGUGCUUGGCUUCUUUGGGCCACUGUUGAUCAUCUGCCUGUGUUACCUACUCAUUGUCAUCAAGGUUCGCUCCUCAGGAAGAAAGGUACAGGCGGUGACAGCCAAGCGCAAGCACUCUGAACGGAGGGUCACACGUAUGGUCGUAGCUGUGGUAGCCGUCUUUGUACUCUGCUGGCUGCCUUUCUAUGUGCUCAACAUCAUCAAUGUCAUUUGGACUUUGCCUGAGGAGCCAUCCCUUUUUGGUGUCUAUUUCCUUGUUGUGGUGCUGCCCUAUGCCAACAGCUGUGCCAAUCCCAUCAUCUAUGGCUUCCUCUCCUACCGCUUCAAGCAGGGUUUCCGUAGGGCCAUCCUGAGACCGUCUCGCCGAGUGCAGAGCAAAGAAGUAGCAGCAGCAGCAAUCACAGCAGAUAAGGUGGAAGAAGAAGAAGAGGAGGAAGAGGAUGACGAGGAAGAAGAAAUGGAGGUAAAAGCAAGUAAGGUCUGCAAGAUUACCCAAAAUGGCAAUGGCAGGCAGAAGUGUACCCCACUCACUGGAUCAAGAGGACAAAGUGACCAGAAGCAAAUACCUGAGGAAUCGGUUAGCUGUGAGAAGCCUAGCAUUAUGAGCAUUAGCUACUUAUAAUGACGGGGAAGGGACUUUUGUGUCUUUCUCUCCAGAAUUUCUAGGCUGAAACCCAUGUGGAGCAACAAACUGGAACAAUGAUCCACAGAUCAAGUCAGUGCUAGAAAACAGAGAGAAGCCUGAGAUGGCAGAGAAGAAGUAACUGUCCCCUUGAUGCUUAACGUAAGGUUGAAUAACAAUUUACAAUGGCCACAGCAAACCAGGACUAUCUGGUGUAGCAAAAGCUUUGGGAUUUGCUUUGGAAGAAGGUUCUACCCUCAGCUCACACAGUGAUUAUUAGAGUUAAUUGCGCAGUAUACCUGUCAGCAUUUCAUAAUUGAAAAUAGCUGCGCCUUUAUUUAUAACACCUCACCCCAAAAGUCACGGCUAAGCAUCCUCAUUUUAUGCCCACCCACUUAUUAUUAGAUAUCACUGGAGAAUUUCUGUAUUAUUUCAGUUUGUAAUAUCAUGUUCUACAUUGUACCCUGAAGCAGAACAUGUUAGUAAACUAACCAUACUGGGUCCUUUUUAAAAAAAAGUUUCAAUCCAGACGAUCAUCCCAAAUAGAACAGAUCCAUUGAAUCAAUGAGAUUCAAAAAAAAAAAAAUCAUUGAAUCUCUAUUCAUCAGUUGGAUUUCAUAGGUCUACUCUAGGUGGGACUACCAAUCACAUUUAGACUAACAUACCAUAAAAGAGCUUUCCCUGAUGUAGAAUCCCUCAGAUGGGUAAGGCUAAAACUCCCAUAAUCCACCAACAAAAGAGUUUUGAGUGAUGAAACAUGGUAAAUGCUGCUAAGUCUCAGGAUCCCAGCUGAAGCUCCAUAGUAUUGUGAUGCCCUUGGCUUCCAGGCAGGAAGACAAUUCUCACAGCAAGUUGUGCUGGAGGAGAAGAAAGCCUGAAUUUUAUCAGUGACUUGGCUUUAAUGCCUGGGCACCCAUCUCAUCUGUUUCCAGUUGAAGGCUGCUCUAGAGUUUUAUUUCAAAAGCCUAAGUGUUGUCAUCAUCCUCACUGCAGCUUGACUGUCCAACAAUGAGCAUAUGUUAGGGGCAGGUUAUUUCAAUAAAAUGCCCCUUCAAAUGUA